GCUGAUAUUAGAAAAAAAACUAGAAAUCAUACACAAACCGAAUCAUAAAAAGAUUAUAGAUCUUUAGGCGUUAUUGUUUUUAUUCAGAAUAGAGAUUAAUCCAACUUAAAAAGUGAUAUUUUGAGACGGUUUAACUCAUUAAAAAGGAAAUAAAGUAGAAAGGAAAAUCAGUGGUUGUAAAACAUUAUAAAAGGAGGGCUCUUUUGGUUCAUUCACACAUUCAUCAACGCUUUCUGAUUCAGCUGAGUUCAAGGUUUGCUUCUAAAACUUUAUUUCUUCGAUAAAUAUUUGUGAUCUUUCGUGUCAUAAUGGCGACGAGAACGAGGAUCUUCAGCUUCGUGUUCAUGAUGAUGAGCUUCACGGUUCUCUUGGGUUGCUGCUGCUCGGCUAGGAUCUACAAAGUUGGAGACUCCGAAGGAUGGACUGCCAAGGACGAUGUCUAUUACGCUUGGGCCGAGACCGACCAUAAGGAGUUCCACGUGGGAGAUUCACUGAUCUUUGAAUACGAUCCCAUCAUCAAUGACGUCACUCAAGUUUCUGGUGCUUUAGAAUACGAGUUAUGCGACUAUUCUUCUCCAAAAUCCGUCUAUAACACAGGACACGAUGUCGUGACUCUCACGGAACCAGGUUUUCACUACUUCAUCACCUCAAACCAAACUCAAUGCGUACUGGGACAGAAGCUCGAUGUUCUUGUCAUCCAUGACCCAUCACGUCCGAUUCCUCCACCACCACCGAGCAAGAUACUUCCUGUCGGAAAGACCUACAAGGUCGGAGACUCGGAAGGAUGGAAAGUUUAUGACAGUGACUUUUAUAACAAGUGGAGCAAGGGGAAACAGUUUCAAGUUGGAGAUACUUUGCUUUUCGAAUACGCCAACCAAGUAAACGACGUUUAUGAAAUCAACGGUGAUCUAGAGUUCAUUACAUGCGACCCAACGUCUCCUGUAGCCGUGCACAAGACAGGACACGAUCUUGUUAGGCUGAGCGAACCAGGAGUUUAUUAUUUCAUAACCUCACAGCCGGGUUAUUGUGAGGCUGGACUUAAGCUUCGAGUGGUGGUGGGGCCACUAGCCAAAGCUGUUACUAACCCUAAUUUUCCCAAGAAGAUGGACUUGUCAGCUAUGGAACGUCUCAACAACUGGUUACAGACUUUCAAACCCCAUCAUUAACCCAUCCGUUAUCUUAUUUGGUUUGAGCUUUUUAACCACUUUAUCGUUAUUGUCGUCUCUCUCUCGUCUCGUUUAGCUUCUUUAGUGCUUUGUUUCGAGAGUAUAUUACCAUUGUUGUAGAGUUUAUUUGUUUCGAGAAGUAUUCAAGAAAACAACAUGAUUGGUUAAA